AUGGUCGCCUGCUGUCGCGGCUUCAGGGACGUUGUGGUCCUGCUCAGUCGCUGUCCUUUCCUCGACGUGAACCAACAGGACAACGGAGGCGACACGGCCCUCAUGCUGGCGGCCCAAGCAGGCCACGUAUCUCUGCUAAGCCUUUUGCUCAACUACUACGCCGGCCUGGACCUGGAGCGCCGGGACCAGCGGGGGCUCACGGCACUGAUGAAAGCCGCCAUGCGCGACCGCGCCGAGUGUGUGGCUGCCCUCCUCAUGGCAGGUGCUGACCUGACAGCGGUGGAUCCAGUGCGGGGCAAGACGGCCCUGGAGUUGGCAGUGCUCACCGACAGCUUCGCUGUGGUGCGGAGGAUCCGACAGCUGCUGCGGCGGCCCCGGCUGGAGCAGCUCAGCGAGCACUACCGGCCCGAGUGGCCGCCCUUGCCCGGGCUGGUAGCACAGGCCAAGGCCCGGGCUGCCCCAACCUUCCUAGAGCGGCUACAGGCCAGCUUGACCUUCUCCUUCCCCCAGGAUCCUCAGGAGGGGGGCGUCCUGGACCACCUCGUCACCAUCACCACCAGCCUGGCCAGCCCCUUCCUCACCACUGCCUGCCACACUCUGUGCCCUGACGACCCACCUGCAGUGGGCACCCGAGGCAAAUCCGUGCCGGAGUUGCUCGGGACUCCUGUGUCUGCCGAAGCCCAGCUCUGCAGGGCAUCAUAGGCUGGCCCUCCCUGUCUGGCAUUACCAGGAGCUCCGGAUGGAGAGGAAAAGGCAGGAGGAGGAAGAAGCCAAAUAGGCACAGACGCAGGGGAGGAUGGGUGGGUCACCUCCACCUCGGUGAAUCUGCUCUCAAGUCUGCAGGGUGCGAAGUGUAGAACAGCAAGCAUGCCACGUAGCCACGCGUCUAAGUACAGUUUUCACCAAGCCGAACGUGAGUCACGUCGCUCUAUACCGAGCGCAAGGGUUCACUCGGCUUGAUUGAAACAGCGGUCGGGAUCAAAGGCAGAAAGGGGAAACAGGUGUUGAGAGUGGCGGAGUUUUACAAAGUUUCACAAAGUUAGGUGUAGAAAGCUAACUUCCUCCCUGGCAAGCAGAACCUAUGGUUUUAAAACGUAAUUGUUUUAUCAGACAAAAAUAAUUUGCUGUCGAUCAAUCACCCGCAGGUCAGC